AGUCAAACCUUAAUGUUCACAUGAGAGUUCACACUAGGGAGCAACUUUUCACCUGCGAACAGUGUGGAAAGAGUUUUGGUCAAAAACAAAGCUUUAAAGCCCACAUGAGAAUUCACACUAGAGAAAGGUUGUACACAUGCCAACUGUGUGGAAAAAGCUUUUAUCAUGCUGGACACUUUGCAGCACACAUGAGAAUUCACACUGGAGAGAAGCCUUUUAGCUGUAAGCAGUGUGGAAAGAGUUUUAGUCAAAAGCCAAACCUUGAUGUUCACAUGAGAGUUCACACAGGGGAGAAACCUUACACCUGCGAACAGUGUGGAAAGAGUUUUAGUCAAAAACGAAGCUUUAAAGCCCACAUGAGAAUUCACACUGGAGAGAGGCCGUACACAUGCCAACAGUGUGGAAAAAGCUUCUGUCAUGCAAGAAACUUGGAAGUGCACAAAAGAAUUCACACUGGAGAGAAGCCUUUCAGCUGUAAACAGUGUAGAAAGAAUUUCAGUACAAAGCUAAACCUGAUUGCUCACAUGAGAGUUCACACUAGGGAGAAACCCUACACCUGCGAACAGUGUGGAAAGAGUUUAGGUAAAAAACAAGACCUUUACAUCCACAUGAGGAUUCACACUGGAGAGAAACCUUACACAUGCACAGAGUGUGGUAAAAGUUUCCCACAUAAAAACACACUCAAUCACCACAUGAGAACUCACACUGGAGAGAAGCCGUUUGCAUGUGCUCAGUGUGGAAAGAGCUUCACAACCAAAUUUAGCCUCAAGAACCACAUGAGGAUCCACACUGGAGAGAAACCAUUCACAUGCACUCAGUGUGGGAAGAGUUUCAACCGCUCAUCACACCUUAAUAUACACAUGAGGAUCCACACUGGAGAGAAACCAUUCACAUGCACUCAGUGUGGGAAGAGUUUUAGCCAAUCAUCAUACCUUAAUCUACACAUGAGGAUCCACACUGGAGAGAAACCAUUCACAUGCACUCAGUGUGGGAAGAGUUUCAAUUGCUUAGCACACCUUAAUAAACACAUGAGGAUCCACACUGGAGAGAAACCAUGGACAUGCACUCAGUGUGGGAAGAGUUUCAGCCAAUCUUCAUCUCUUAAACACCACAUGAGGAUCCACACUGGAGAGAAACCAUUCACAUGCACUCAGUGUGGGAAGAGUUUCAGCUGCUCAUCAGACAUUAAUAGACAUAUGAGAAUCCACACUGGAGAAAAGCCAUUCACAUGCACUCAAUGCGGGAAGAGUUUCAGCCAAUCGUCAUCCCUUAAUCACCACAUGAGGAUCCACACUGGAGAAAAGCCAUUCACAUGCACUCAAUGCGGGAAGAGUUUCAGCCAAUCGUCAUCCCUUAAUCUACACAUGAGGAUCCACACUGGAGAGAAACCAAUCACAUGCACUCAAUACGGGAAGAGUUUCAGCCAAUCAACAUUCAUUAUUAUUCACAUGAGGAUCCACACUGGAGAGAAACCAUUCACAUGCACUCAGUGUGGGAAGAGUUUUAGCCAAUUAUCGCACCUUAAUCAACAUAUGAUGAUCCACACUGGAGAGAAACCGUUCACAUGCAUUCAGUGUGGGAAGAGUUUCAACAAAUCAUCAUCGCUUUACAGACACAUGAGGAUCCACACUGGAGAAAAACCAUUCACAUGCACUCAGUGUGAGAAGAGUUUUAUCCAAUCAUCAUCCCUUAAUGAACACAUGAUGAGCCACACUGGAAGGAAACCAUUCAUAUGCACACUGUGUGGGAAGAGUUUCAGCCAAUCAGCAUACCUUAUUAAACACAUGAAGAUCCACACUGGAGAGAAACCAUUCACAUGCCCUCAGUGUGGGAAGAGUUUCAUGAAGUUAUCACACCUUAAUGAACACAUGAGGAUCAACACUGGUGAGAAACCAUUCACAUGCCCUCAGUGUGGGAAGAGUUUCAGCUGCUCAUCAUACCUUAAUAAACACAUGAGGAUCCACACUGGAGAGAAAUUAUUCACAUGCUCUCAGUGCGGGAAGAGUUUCAGCCAAUCAUCAUCCCUUAUUAAACACAUGAGGAUCCAUACUGGAGAGAAACCAUUUACAUGCCCUAAGUGUGGGAAGAGUUUCAACCAAUCAUCAUCCCUUAAUAAACACAUGAAGAUUCACACUGUCAAGAAACCAUUCACAUGCACUUACUGUGGGAAGAGUUUCAGCCAAUCAUCAAACUUUAAUAAACACAUGAGGAUCCACACUGGAGAGAAACCAUUCACAUGCACUCACUGUGGGAAGAGUUUCAGCCAAUCAUCAAACUUUAAUAAACACAUGAGGAUCCACACUGGAGAGAAACCAUUCACAUGCACUUACUGUGGGAAGAGUUUCAGCCAAUCAUCAAACUUUAAUAAACACAUGAGGAUCCACACUGGAGAGAAACCAUUCACAUGCACUCACUGUGGGAAGAGUUUCAGCCAAUCAUCAAACUUUAAUAAACACAUGAGGAUCCACACUGGAGAGAAACCAUUCACAUGCUCUCAGUGUGGGAAGAGUUUCAGCCAAUCAUCAAAUUUUAAUCAACACAUGAAGAUCCACACUGGAGAGAAACCAUUCACAUGCACUCACUGUGGGAAGAGUUUCAGCCAAUCAUCAAACUUUAAUAGACACAUGAGUAUCCACACUGGAGAGAAACCAUUCACAUGCCCUCAGUGUGGGAAGAGUUUCAGCCGAUCAUCCACCUUGUCUCUACACAAGAAGAUCCACACCGGUAAAAAAACAUUCACUUGCACUCAGUGUGGGAAGAGUUUUAACUGCUCAUCACACCUUAAUCAACACAUCAGGAUCCACACUGGAGAGAAACCAUUCAGAUGCACUCAGUGUGGGAAGAGUUUUAACUGCUCAUCACACCUUAAUGAACACAUGAUGAUCCACACUGGAGAGAAACCAUUCACAUGCACCCAGUGUGGGAAGAGUUUUAGCAAAUCAUCGUCGCUUUAUAGACACAUGAAGAUCCACACCGGAGAAAAACCAUACACUUGCACUGAGUGUAGGAAGAGUUUCAGCCAAUCAUCAUCCCUUAAUCUACACAUGAGGAUCCACACUGGAGAGAAACCAUUCACAUGCACUGAGUGUGGGAACAGUUUCAGUAAAUCAUCAUCGCUUUAUAGACACAUGAAGAUCCACACCGGAGAAAAACCAUUCACUUGCACUGAGUGUGGGAAGAGUUUCAUCCAAUCAUCAUGCCUUAAUGUACACAUGAGGAUCCACACUGGAGAGAAACCUUUCACAUGCACUCAGUGUGGGAAGAGUUUCAUCCACUCAUCACACCUUAAUCAACACCUCAUGAUCCACACUGGAGAGAAACCAUUCAAAUGCCCUCAGUGUGGGAAGAGUUUUAGCCAAUCAUACCUUAAAAAACACAUGAAGAUUCACACUGGUGUGAGAGAGUAUAUGUGCUUGGAGUGUGAGAAGACUUUUAUUACAGCUGCAGAAUUGAAACGGCACAAGAGGAUACACACUGGAGAAAAACCGUACAAGUGUUCACAGUGCAGUAAGAGGUUUGCUCACUCAGGAACCCUGAAAGCACAUCAGAGGAGCCACACCGGAGAGAAACCAUUCACAUGCACUCCAUGUGGGAAGAGUUUCAGCCGCUCAUCAUCCCUUAAUCUACACAUGAUGAUUCACACUGGAGAGAAACCAUUCACAUGCACACAGUGUGGGAAAAGUUUUUACUGCUCAUCAAACCUUUAUAGACACAUGAAGAUCCACAAUGGAGAAAAACCAUUCACAUGCACUCAGUGUGGGAAGAGUUUCAGCCGAUCAUCAUCCCUUAAUAAACACAUGAGGAUCCACACUGGAGAAAAACCAUUCACAUGCACUUGAGCCACGGUCACACUGGACUUUUCUCCCCAUAGACUUCCUUUCAUACGCAUGUGAAUGCAUCAGACAUGAAACGCAAGUUCGUGUAUCAAGUUUUGCAGUUCACUGCGUUGCAAAGUUCAAGUUUGGUGAACUCUGACCUGCAAAAUCAUAUCACUUGACUCGAAGAUCAAAACAUGACCUCUCUGGACAGAAAUGUAUAUUAUGGACCA